AUGCAAGAUCAUUAAAGGAUUGUUGAAAUGAAGCAAAUGCUCAAGUUACUCUAACAAAUUAAUUAACUCUAAAUCUAAAAUGAAGAACCUGAAAAACAAAACACUAAAGAGUCUGAUUAAAAUGAUGAGGAAAUUAUUAAUGAUAUCGAAAUUAUAUUAAAUUUUGAUGAAGAUCAACCUGAACAAACAGAAAAAGAAAAAGAAAAAGAUGAUAAAUUAUCAGAAAAUGAAACUAUUUCUAAUGAAUAAUAAGAUUAUACUUCAAAAUAAAAUUCAAUAGAGCAAAGAAAGUCAGCUUGUAGAGUUGUAUUCAACCCUAAAAAUAAUUCUUAUGGAUGCUCUAUUUGUUAAAUUACUUACAAAGUAUUAAAGAAUCUUCUUAAUCACUAAUGCAGAUUUCAUAACAAAACAAAAAAAACCAAGAAAUGUUUUUAAAAAACAAUUUCAUGA